AUGCCCGUCGCGAAGUUCCGACCAUCAGCGAAGAGAAGGCCGCCAUCAAACGUUGAAGUGCCUCUAGCGAAAGAAGCAAUUCCGACGAGCAGCACCUCAUUUCCCGCCGCCAGCUACCACACCCCAUUCAACAGCCCUUCAAAAAUUCGACAAAAUGAACGGCAAACGAAUAAUGACGACACAUCAGCGAUUCUCCCGAGGCAAGAAUUCUGGAUCGACGGCAUGAAAGUUUUUGGCGAGCCGAUAGCCGUAACCACGACACCACAGAGGGCCACUCAACAAUAUUCGAUGGAACAGCAUUCCCCCCAACAAUACCAAGUCGCCAAUAUUUCACCGCAACAGGCGAUCCCGGAACAGGAAGCUCCGCUCCCCCAGCAAAUUCCGCCGUCAUUCACUUCCCAAGCGACGCAAGUGGAAUCGCCGUCAUCAGCCGUAUCGUCGUGUAGUGUUGGCUGCCCGGUGUGCCAAUGUCAAAGCCACUGUCUUCAACAAUGUCCAACGCGUCUCCUCCUGCAGCAACGGAAUCUCAUCCCCACCGGAUGUCUUCUUUGCUGCGACCGGUUCCAUCAAAUCGACGCCUGCCCAAAGUUGGCCAUCUUCCGCGAGUCCGGCAUCAUCAACCAGGGGCCGCCUCGACCAGCU